AGGUGUGCGAGUUUCACCUUUGUCAUUGGUAUCAUCUGUCUCCAGCUUCUUGGCUCGUUGCUGAUCUUUAUAUCUUAUGUGUUCAGGCUAUCUUUUCGUAUUUAAGGUGUGCGAGUUUCACCUUUGUCAUUGGUAUCAUCUGUCUGCAGUUUCUUGGCUCAUUGCUGAUCUUUAUAUCUUACGUGUUCAGGCUAUCUUUUCGUAUUUAAGGAUAUGUUUCCUGAGAGUAUGAGUGAGCCGAUUUCCCCUUGCCGACAUCCUUUCCGGUCGUCCAUGGUUCUAAACACCAUGUCAACAUUCAUACUUAAAGAUAUAAACCCACAAGGCAGACAUUGGAGCAUUUGCACAAAGGUAUCAAGGAUGUGGGACUAUCGUGGAGGAACAGAUGAUGGUCAAAUACGUCAUGUCGAUCUCGUGCUUGUUGAUGCUGAGGGCACUGCAAUGUAUGCUGAAAUCGCAGCUGACAAUAUUGAGACUAAAAAGUCAUUACUUACAGAAGGAAAAAUAUAUACAUUCAGGAGGUUUAGAGUUUUAAAAUCUAAGACCACUUAUAGACCUGUCGAAUCAGAGUUUAUGAUUGACAUCACCUGCCAUACCUUAAUUGAGGAAAACCAUGAUGCUCCAGCCGAUUUCCCACUCUAUACCUACAGCCUGACAAACUUUGUUGAUCUACCUAUGCUUGUUGGUGAAACCAAGCGUUUCAUCGAUGUAAUUGGAAUGAUCACAGAAAUUUCUGAGCUAGCCACCAUUCAGCUUCAAAAUCAGCAAAGGCCUACACUCCGAAGAACUAUUACAUUGAAAGAUUCAAGCAACUAUGAAAUGAAAUUAAAUUUAUGGGGCCAAAGAGCUUCUGAGUUUGAUUCCGAUCAGAUAUGCCAGCUCAGCCAAGACCAUCCAGUGAUUGUCAUCUUUGUUGGUAUGCUUAUGAAAUCUUACAAAGGUGAACAUUUGUUAAGUGGCAACACAGCGUGCCGCUGGUAUAUCAAUCCUGAAGUCCCUGAGGUCGAUGAUUUUUUCCACGGCCUCGGUGGUCAUUUCCAUCCUAUACAGCGCACCACACCCAUUCAACAACAACAGCCCUCUCACAGUACCAAUGUCGAACUGCAGCAAAAAACUCUCUAUGAACUUCUUCAAAUUAGCCCAUACGACUUUCCAGGUGAAGGAUUUCGGUGUGUCGUCACUAUCUCAAGGAUAGAUCCAUUCAUAUCAUGGUGGUUUCCUUCUUGCAAUCGAUGCAUCAAAACAUCACUGCCACAUGAAAAUGACUACAAGUGCCCACACUGCGCCUGUACUGGUUGUACAUUCAAAUACAAAAUAUGCUUGAUUGGAACUGACGGAACAGAUGAAGCAGAAUUCUUAUUCUUCGGAGCUAUGGGACAGCGCCUUGUCCACAAAGAUGUCAAAAUGCUAAUGAGGUCAUGUCACAAAGCUGAUGAAAUUCCAACCCAGAUAACAUCUUUAGUAUCACAAAAAUAUCUGCUGACAAUCAAUGUGACUAACAAAUGCUUUGAGAGAGCCCACCGAUCAUAUCAAGUGAAUGCCAUCAAUUGUGCAUACGGCAGGCAACCUACAAUUCCAACAGUUACAAAUCCCACUCCUAGACUUACUGGGAUGAAGCGCAAAGGUGAUUCGUAUGAGGCUACAACAGCUGCUGAUCCAUCAUUAGAAGAGCCCCACCAAAUCAACAUCCCUGCUCUUCCUCAGAUUUUAGAUACAAAUGAUGAUCUCGCCGAUGAGGAGCUGCAAGAUGACCUCUCUAAGAUAACUGCUAAACAUUACUCUUCCGCUCUUUCCGGCAGCGGCAAUGACAAUCCCUCCACCAAACGUUAAUAACCUUCCAGUUUUACUACCCAGGAGUUGAAUUGCUUUUGCUGUUAAUGGAACUUCAUCCUAUGCCACCAAGAUUGUUUCCAGGGACUCAAUUCCUUUUGCUGUCAAUAUAAGUUUGUCUUAUGGCAUCGACAACACCAGCACCUCCUGUUGCCGAUAUAGUUGUAAAUAUAACUUAAUGCUAAACCUUGCUGCGUGAUCAACACUGUUCUUCUGCGCCUCACCAUCCAGGGACUAAAUUUCUUUUGCUGUUAAUAUAGCUUCAUCCUGUGCCAUGGACAUCAUCAGCAACACAUGUUCGCGA